GCCUGUCUCCCAAGCCCGUGGUGCCAAGGUAGUACAGCUCUCGCCCAGACCAAAAGCAAAGGACAAACAGCUUCCAAGAGAAACAAGAAAAGAAGCAAGAUAAGACAGUAGGGGGAACUGGAAACCCCAGCACUCACUCACCCAGACACCCGUCUUGCCCCCCCCCCUUGGUUCGAAGACCUGCGCUAUUGGGCUUGAGCCUUCCUAUUCGGCCAUAUCCGCCAUCCCUCUCUCUACCUGCGUCUCCGGCGCCUCGAGGUCUCUCUCGCCAGCAGAUACCGUCCGUGGGGUCGCCAGCGGAUUCGAUCAUUUCUCUCGCGGUGCCGCCGGUACCCAUUGCACAUACGUACACACGCAUAACGUAUAAGGAGACGGCGUGACCGGCUCUAGUCUCUUCCUGCGUCGCCUCCCCCCCCCAAACCCCCUCCGCGAUGCCUACUCCUCCUCAGCAAGAUGCAUUUGCCUAUGCGAUGAGCUCGAACCAGGCCUGGGCCGGCUACAAAGGCCACCAGAACCCUGAAUUCUUCCCCAAGCUCGCGACGGGGCAGAAACCGGCUAUUCUGUGGCUGGGCUGCUCCGACUCGCGCUGCCCGGAGACGACGAUCCUCGGCCUGCAGCCGGGCGACGUGUUCGUGCACCGCAACAUCGCCAACAUCGUGUCGCCGACGGACAUCAACACGUCGGCCGUAAUCGAGUACGCAGUAACGCAGCUCCAGGUCAAGCACGUGGUGCUGUGCGGGCACACUUCGUGCGGCGGCGCGGCGGCGACGCUCGCGGGCGGCCGCGUGGGCGGGGUGCUCGAUCUGUGGCUGUCGCCGUUGCGGGCCCUGCGCCACGCCCACGAGGAAGAGCUCACGGCGCUCGGCGGCGCCGGCGGCGACAAGACGGCGGCAACGACGCGCCUCGCCGAGCUCAACGUCGAGGCCGGCAUCCGCGUGCUGAUGGCCAACCCGGUGAUCCAGGACGCCGUCGCCGAGCGCGGCCUCCAGGUUCACGGCACCCUGUUCGACAUCGCGAGCGGCCGCAUCCGUGACCUCGGCCUCGGCACGAACAAGGGCAAAGGCCUUCGCAGCGGCCACAGCGUGGGCAGCGAUGGCGAGGUCGUAAGAGGGCGGUACGCGACCCUAGUCUUCCAGACGGACGGGGCGGCGGGCAUGCAGGUCUGCUAG